AUGUACAUAUAUAACAACUGGCUUCGUCCAUGGUCUCGUCGUCGAGCUCUUCUAGUCACAAAGGCUUAUCAACUAAGGGACGGGAGCGAGCGAAUUAUAAUUUAUUUGGAGAAGUGGCAACGAGCACCCUCCCCCGCGCACCCUCAGCCCGCACCCCCGCACCCUCCGACACCCGCGUGCACCCCUCGCACCCCCGCGACCCGAGCGGCUCUUCCCGGCCUACCCUUUGCUUUCGCCCUUCGUUAUACGUUGACUAGACAAGAGUUGCAACUCGUAGCUUGCGUUCAAAGGAGUCGGCGGGGCGCGGGUCCUGCGGGGCGCGGGGAGCGAGGAGGAAUUAAGAGGGAGUGGGAGGGGGAGGCCCGCCUUGGAUACCGAGAGGAGUUUUAA